AUGUCUGUUAACCAAAAUAUGACUGAGCAUCAGAAGAAGAUUCUGACUACACCUUAUGACCCCACAGUUGGCAAAGUUAGAAAACCUGUCCCUCAGCCAGAAUUUGAUAAUGAAAUGAAAAACAAACACUUUCAAUAUACAUAUUUGAACGGUUGGGAUUAUGAAUUUUAUGUGCCAGAUGAGACCCGGAUUAUCUAUAAGAUCUCUGGUGGUCCAAUGAAUGGUAGAAACAAUUUCCAAGAGACCUUCUAUCAAAGAAUUCGCAAAAACAUCUGGCAAGUCAAUUGGUUAGAAGAGACCGGAACCAUUGUCUCAUUGGUUAUAGACAUUGACGAAAAGAGGAUUUCAACCUUGAUUGCUUUCAGUGAAGGUCAUUGGGAGAACUCUAAUCUUGCCCAUGGUUACAAAGUUCAAGAUUUAGAAAGAUGGAGAGAAUUGUCAAAGAUUGGGACGCAGACCUCUAGAUAUUUGCUACCUGAGCAGGCAAUUCUAAAUAAGAUCUAUGAUGGUCCUGGCGAUUUACCUUUGAUUGAUAACUCAUGGAAUACUUAUUAG